AUGAACUCCAGUUUCUCCUACAAGCCACUCUCAAAGGACGGCGAGGAGAUUCGCCUCCUCACAUUGUCACCAAUCCGCCUAGCAUUCAAGCGCGAAGGUCAGGAUGACUCCGCCGCCGAGCCUCUCCCUGAGUGUCAACUCGACCACUACUCCCUAAAAGACUACUUCCCUCCGUACAAGACUUGGCUCGAUAGAAACGCCUGCGAUGUGAAGCUGCGGCCGAGGAAGUGGAGUGCCUACGUUGAGGGAUGGGCCGAGAGAAACGCACCAACCCACGCUGAACAAGAGACCUGGGCGAAGACGGCCCGGAACCGUUUCCGAUGGGGCGACUAUUGGGCCCUGAGCUAUGUUUGGGGCGAUCAAUCCAAGAGAAAACCGAUCCUGCUGAACGGAGUUCAGUUUUCUGUCACACAGAACUUGUAUCAGGCAUUAUGCCGGCUGGCUGAGGAACCGCAACACGUCGUCGACGGGGCAAAGCUAUGGGUAGAUGCGAUUUGUAUCAACCAGGCCGACUUGCCCGAGAGACAAAGCGAGGUCGCUAGAAUGGGUGACAUCUACUCCCUCGCCCGUGGCGUCGACGUUUGGCUCGGUCUGCCCCUCUCAGAGGAUCAAGGCCGAGCCAUCCAGGGGUGGCAGGAGCUCUAUAGCAUCGACGGUGACAAGGGACCCGAGGAACUCCUACGGACUGAUGUCGGUGCUGGUGGUGACAUCAUUCACUCCGUCGUACGGCUGUCAUUUGAACCAUAUUGGGAGCGUGUUUGGGUUAUCCAAGAGCUUGCUUUGGCAUCUCGCGACUCCCUCUUCUUUUACGGCGAAGCCAGACUCAGUUUGGACGAGAUGUACAGCAUGAUCCGCUUUGCCGGAAUGUACGGCAACUGGGACGGGCACUAUGCUUCGGGAAGCGCCAUCCAUGUGUCUUAUUCUCUAUCUGCCAUGGCAUCACUUCGCAGAGCUUCUGAACUCGUCACCCGUGCAAUUCUUCCAGCCGUUCCACAACCAGAUUCGUUGGUAGAAAAAAAGGAUCCGCUGGUUGGUUGCCGGGAACUGCUGUCUCUUAUGGCUGGUGGUAAAGCCACUGAUCUACGAGACAAAGCGUACGGCAUCAGGGCCCUCAUGCCCAGCGGUGUCUCUGCUCGUAUCUUGCCAGACUACUCCGCGACGAAGGAGGCUGUCUGGAGCAGGUUCACUAAGGCCAUCAUCGAGGAAAGUGACAACCUCAACAUAUUGGCGUCGACGAAGCUCGCAGUGUCCGACUCUCUGCCCUCUUGGGUGCUCAACCUCGACUCACCCCGGGAUGGUGGCUUCAGAGACUGCUGCGCCAGCGGAUCCAUUAAUGCUCAGUUUCGAUUUUCUGAGAAUUGCAUGAUUCUCCACUGUCAAGGGCUGCGUGUUGAUACAAUCAGGUCAAUUGGUGCGCCGCCUAAGCUGGAUAGUAAGCUGAACAAAGGAAGUACUGUCAAAUUCGACUUUCCAGAGCCUCUCCGGCAGUCAGUCGAGUCUGAGAACCGGGAGCACGUCAACAUUGAUGACGAUAUCCGACUCAACAUGCUAAAGGUCUUGAUGGGCGACCCGUCCCUGACACUCGAUGACCUGGAUGGGCCUACAAUAUUUGACUUUCCCAUGAUUGACUUCAUGUCUAUUAUGGAGAAGCUAAACUCGAGUCUCAUCAUGGGCGACGGAAAUGAGGAGUACCAAGGAAAUUAUCUGAGGCAGAAAAUCCUAGACGCACAUGGGAUGGAGGAUGUAGCAACAUCAACAGGCUCCAUUUCUGAUGAUGGGCACGAAAGGGAGUUGGAUAAAGACCACCAUCGCGAAUUUGAGGAAGAUGACAUCACGCCUGAAGAAACAGCACAAGAGUGGCUGGCUUACACCGUGGAGUACUGGCGACACCUAGCCAUGUUCUCAAUGUGGAGGCGAGCAAACGCAGGUUUCAAGGUUGGCGAGUAUGAGCUGGCCGAUUUUUUCCACUGGUCCUCAAACCGGCCACCUCGGGAUAAGGACGGCUUCGCUGCACUAGUCGAACGUGCCGGCAUCGUCAGCAGUCCUCGGACGCUGGUAAUGACGGAGAAGGGCCAACUGGGUCUUGCCUCUGCCCCGGUCCAACCAAGAGAUGGUAUUUACGUUGUUAUGGGAUGUGACUGGCCUUUGGCAAUGCGGGCUGGAGCAGGCGGUCUGGAAAUUGUAGGAAAUUGCUUUAUCAAUGGCUUGAUGCAAGGCGAGGCAGUUUUAGAGUUGCCAGCCAAGGAUUGUAAUGGUAUCGAUUGGCUAACAAUAUGCUAG